AGUAUUCAAUUUGUAUUUGUUUAAACAUUAAUUAUACAUUUGAUUUGUAAGUAAAUUUAACUAAUGAAUUAAAACAAAAAAGGUGAGAAGAAAAGUUGUUAUCAACAGGAAAAUGCCAUUGAAUGGAACAUUUAUUUCAUUAUGUUCACAUUUAACAGUCGACUAUUGUCAGCGUAAUCGUAAAUUAGUACUUGUAUGCGAUAUGGAUGAGACAUUGUUAACAGAGAGUAGUUUAACGGAUAAAAUAAUUCUACGACCUAAAAUUAAUCAUAUGUUGAGAAAUUUACGUAAUCAUUAUGAAUUAUGCUUAGUGACUUAUUCAACACGUGAUAGAACAAAUUAUAUAUUGAAUAAGUAUUUAGAUCCACAAUCUCGUUUAUUCGGUAAUCGUGUAUUAUGCCGUGAAGAUAUUUAUCCACAAUUUCGUAAUAAAUCUGAUGCAUUCUUUGCUCAUUUGCCUAAAUCAUAUGGACGUAAUCGACGUUUAUUACGUGAAGUAAUUGGUAAUAUUAAUUCUAGACUAUCAAUUAGGCAUCAUACACAUCUACGCUUACAUUCACGUCGACCACCAGUAUGGACAUAUGUUGUUGUAUUGGAUGAUUUUCCAACAGCUUGGUCAAAUCUAUCGACUUGUAUACCUGUUCGACCAUUUCACUUAAUCAAUAGUGGAAAUAAGGCUAAAACUACACGAAAUGAAAGUGCUUAUGUGUUAAGUCUACACAAAUUCUUGCUAAAAUUACACACUGCUGUUUUUCGUGAUCCAUGCAAUACAACAAAUGGAGAGAGACAAAAUUUAGAUAAUGCUGGUAGUCAAACAAAAAAGGCUUGUUUAUCUGCGCAUACAAUCAUAACACGGAUAAAACGUCAUCUAUCGCAUAAUCAUCAUUUUCAAACCUUGUGCCAUUUAGAUCCAUAUCAUUUGUUUGAAUAUGAAAAUUCCAUAACACCAUCGUAUAAAACAAAUGGUGGAAUAUUUAAAUUUUGUGAAACAUUUUCUAUGCAAAGAAUACAUGAUUCUGAUCACCUGUUGGAUAGUACUGCUGCUACUACUACUACUCAAAAUGAUAUAAGUAGAUAUCAAGAUAUUUUAGUGAAUCAGUCCGCCUCCUCCUCCUCUCCCUCGUCCUCGUCAUCGGCCUCGUCCUCCUUCCCAUCAUCGUCAUUAUCCUGUUUACCACAAGUUUCAAAUGUUGGCAUAUUGACGAAUACUUUAAAUAAUCACCAGUUAAAACAACAAUCGAAAUCACCUAAGAAUCAUAGAAAUGAUAUAAACUAUCUGGAUAAAAUUGGUUCAAAGGCAUUGAACUGUCCAGUUUAUAAGCGAUCCAAACCAUCCCAGAAACGUAUCAAUGAAAACAAUCAAAACUGA